AUGCGAGAUACGAAGUGGUACAGGUGCACAAAUGAUUAUUGGACUGGCACAAAGACUGCAAAUAUCCCUGCAGUUAUGGCAGCAACAGCUGCAGCGUUGGGAGCGAAUUUAAAAUUGACCGAGGCAUUCAAUUUGGAGUGUGAUCAUGCUGGAGAAAUUGCUGGCAUGAGGAGCUUAUAUGAGAGCAUCGGUGGACUUGAUUCUAAGCCUAUGCUAAUGGGUUCGGGGGAUAAGCUUGAUGUUCCAACUCUGGGGUCUGGAGUGGGGGAAGUAGACAAGUCAGCAUUUCGUGAAACUUGUUCCCAAGCGACUGGUUUCAGAUCUGAUCUGAAGUCAAACGUGGAAAGCUUCUCGCAACUUCUGGUGUUGGGGUUCAAUUUCCAUGCUGAUGCAAUGGAGACUGGUGUGUUUAUUUGGAUGUCAUUAGUUUGGGUUGCACUUCAAUGGGGUUCUCUAGUCCUUGCUGGCCUCACCUUGAUUAUGGGGAGCCAGAAAUGCAGCCUAAAGGGUCCUGUUGAACAAAUCAUGGCUCGUAGGCUAUGGCUUUCAUUGAUUGUGUUGAGGGUCCUGACCUGUUGGGAUGUUGUUGAGUCUUUGGGUUAUGCGUCAUGUGGCUGCGGCAGUACACCUGUUUUGCUUACUAUUGUCUUUGCUCUACUUGAAAACAUAUCGAUAAGCAACUUGGCAGGCUUAUUUAUUUCUGGCACCCCAGAUCCGUAUGAUCAAAUGCUACGAUUGAAGUCAGAAGAAAAACCACCCGAAAAAAGGAGGAAGAAGAAGACAAGAUUACAGACAACCAAUGGCACUUACAUUUCACAAUUGAUACAUCAUUUCCUGAAUGAGCUGCACCUGGUAUAUUCCGCUGGUGAAUUUGUUGUCUCGCAAAAUUUGUCUGACUAUUUGAUGCUCUCAAAUAAUUCAAGUUUACUUAAUCAUGGAAUACACAAGAAAAGGUAG